AUGGCAUCGCCUUCCUCCUCUAGACAUAAUCCUAUCCGACGUUACUUCGAGCCAUGCGCCGCCACAGCUUCUAUGUUUCUUUAUGCCCAGGGCACUUCGGUCGUAUGUUGUAAUCAUGAUACCCUAGCGAUUGAACGGCGGUUUGCUCGGCACUCAGAAGAAAUCCAACUGUUAGCUGUCGACAAUCACAGCGACAUUGGUGCGGGGAGAUUAGUCGUCAGCUAUGAUGCUGGCCAGACGGCCAUCGUCUGGGACCUGCUCACAGGAGACGAGAUUGCCCGCUUUGUCAGUUAUGAACACAUAACCUGUGCGGCGUGGAUGCGGGACGGCAACGUUGCUUUUGGCAAUACGCAAGGCAAUGUGAUCCUUUUUGAGCCUACUACAUCCGAGCACCUUUCUACAAGGACACUUGAUCAGAUACCUGUCACAGCCAUAUCACCACAUGCCGACUGCAGGACUUUCGCGAUCGGACGAACGACGGCGAUCUGCGAGUGUGGAGCGUCCCUAAGUCGUACAGCAAAUGACGAUCCGGCCAAGGUUGUGCGCAUCCUCAAGAGGACUGAGAACUACGUGGUUGGCCCGAACUGGGCGGCCUGGUCAAAGAACGGCCGGAUCAUUCAGUACUCGGAAGGUGAGACAAUCUCGUGGGACGUGCGGACCAAGCACGUAACCUUGGACGUGGUCCCGACUCUUGAUGUAGUUCGGGGCCUCGCCGUCUACGGCCCGGAUGCCGUCCUCUUCACCCUGGGCGCCAACAACACCGUCCAGCAGUUCAACCUAAGUGCCCCCAUUUUGAUGGUCGCCAAUGUCCAGCAUCCUGCGCCGCUGCUGCCGCCUUCGCCGCCUAUUUCUCUCGAAUCGGAGGAAAAGACGCAGGCUACGGCUUCGGAGAGCGAAUCUAACGUCCAGAUCGCGUUUCGUCCGUCCGAUGUGUCUGAGUCAGAAGAUGACAAUAGGUUACCCCUGGCACGCCACUUGCAGAACACUAGCAAUGCGGGGAUGUGCCGUCCGACAACCCCGGCUUCACAUAUCAGUCGGUCUAGCGUAUCGAUCUCGUCCUCUACUUCCCAAGUGGCCGCUCGGAGAUAUCAGGCAUCGGUUACCUCGCGAGGCCUGACCGAAAACACGUACAUCUCCGCCGGCUCGUCUCUCCAUUCCGGGCACCCGCUCCACUGUGAGAGGGAGCCGAUGUCGACAACAAGCUCAAUCUCAGUCGGAAGCUCACUUCGCCAUCAAGUCCACAAGCCAUCUAUACUGCGUCAUGAGGUGCCCCGUAAUCCCGACGACGCCAAAGUGACGGACCUGUUCAAGUUCACCAGGGCUAGACUCUCCGAUAUCCCUUACAAGGCACCUUACGCGCUGGAGAACGGUCGCUUGACGCCGGACGAGCUGCGUCGGCAGAUGCUGAGCACCAUUUUCGGUUGGAACAAGGACAUCGAGGAGCUUGUUCGCGACGAGAUGUCCCGCCAUCCGCUGGGUUCCACGAACCGUAUCCUGCUCGCUAAGUGGCUCGGCGAUAUCAGCACUGAUGUGAUGGCCAUGGGUUCCGAGAAAAUGACUGCGUCUGACUGGAUGCUCUUAGCUCUGAGCGGCAUCGGGAGCGCGUCUGGCCAGCAGAAGCUGGGUCGUGCUUAUGUGCAGAGACUCCUGGAAAGUGGCGACAUCCAUUCGGCGACUACUAUCUUGAUCGGCCUGGGCGACUACAAUGAUGCGAUCGAGGUUUAUGUAUCUCACAAGAAGUGGAUGGAGGCUCUCAUUGUGACCUGCUUGUUCUACCCGCAAGCCUGGGAGCGUCAGUCGCAGAUUGUGAAGAAAUGGGGCGAGUGGGCGGUGCAGCAUGGCCAGCAGCAACUGGCUAUUCGAUGCUUCGCUUGCACGGAUAGCGGCCGGGAGCCAAGCGAGCCAUGGACAUCGCCGUCGGCCCAGCAGCUUGACUUCCCCAAUAUUGUCAAGGGCCCCGAGCUUGCCAGCCCUCCGCUCUCUCCGCCGGUGAUUAACCAUGGACCUCAGCGGAAUGUUGGCAAGAGUUCGGCGUUGAAGCUCAUCACUUCCUUCGGGGAUUCGAACGCAAAGGCGAAGUACUUUGGGCAGAUGACCGACGAUGGCAAGACCCCAGUUGCGGGAGGGACGACGCCGAUUCUGGAGUCUGCUCUCUCACCAGGCGGCGAGCCGACAACAGCCAUUUUGCGAGGCAACCGUAGCGCAUUCAACACUCCAGCCUCUGCACGGCCGCCGAUGGGCUUCAACCGGCCACGUCUGCCGUCGAUCGGUGAAUCAUCCCCUGACCGCGUUAUCUUGACCGCGGUGAUGCCGCCUUCCCGCGACCCCUAUGCAUCCGCACAGCAUUCCGAGGACGCAAUCAGAAACGCUGAGGUCACGAGGCCCAAUACUGCUAGUCCGAGGCUGGUCAGGGAGCCCAAGCGGGCCCCAUCACCGUCCGCAUCGGCCAUGGCAGCUCCCAUGGAUCCCAACAGGGACAGGAACGGUUCACGCAGCCGGAUUCCCGAAGGAGUUGAUCUGUCGCUGAAGACGCUCAACGAUGACGUGGCUCGCGAGGAUGUCACGUCCCCAGAGCCAUCUGGACAGUCAUCUACUCACCGGUACCACUGGCCGAAGCGCAGAGGUCCUGGCUCCGUUGCCAGCUCUGUCUCGGCAGCAUCUAGCGGCGCAAGUCGCGCUCGCGGGUGUCAUCACCCUGGCAGAAGCCUGGACGAGUACAUCCACAGCCUGGAUGCUGCCAGCAGCACCAGCAGCAUGCAUAAGGGCCGGGCCGGUAGUCGAGAUCCCAGCUUGUCGCGUGAUCGUGAUACGUCGAGGGAGCGUGGUCGACCGCUUAUGCGCGGCUUCACCCCCAAGGGAGGAAAGCGAUCGCCAAAGUCUCCUGUGCCCAUGUCGCCGGAGGAUCUUAUCAACCUGUCAACGCCGAGGGAGGAUCUGGAACAGUUGCAUCACCAUCAAGAUAAGUUGAUCGACGUGUCCAACGACGAGAUGGAGAUAUCCCGAGAGCCAAGCACGGUCAGGAAUGCGGGCUAUCGCGAUGGCUCGGCAGUGAGGGCGGCCAGCCAGAUCCGCACAGGUGCUUCGUCUCGUGCAAGCAGCCGUGCUCAGCGCAUCUCGCCGCCAUUGAACCUGCGUGGGAGGUCAUCGUCGCGCGAACCGUCAGGAAAAAAGUCGCCAAACUCUCCUCAACCCAUUUCCUCUCUCGGGCCGCACUAUUAUGGUUCUGAGGAUGAGGAAGACUACCGGAGGGCGGUUGAGGAGCAAGAGCGGUUCCGCCAGAAGCACAGCAGGAGCACGAGCAGGACUGGCCGCGGAGCUGAGGGUAUUACUUCGCCGGUGUCGGGUCACGAUCCCUUGUCGGCCCAGUCGGGAGGUCUUCGCAGGAGCAACUCGCACGCAGGGACGAACACGAUGCGCUCGCAAGUCCAGACGCCUGCGCCGAUGCAACUCGUCACGGAUAGCUCAGGUGAUCUCAAGGUCAUCAAGGACGAACGGCAGCUCAAGAAGGAGGCGGCUGCUCGCGAGCUGGAAGAGAGGAGAAAGUCCCUGGCCAGGAGGCCGUCUGCUCCUCCAAUUGUGCACCCCGACCAGCUUACUGCGCAGGCUAAGGAUAAGGUACAGCAGCCACAGCAGCAACAGCAGGCCCCUGAGCUUAUGUCACUCCCGAGCACGACAUACGUCCCUCCGAAGAAGGAAGACCUGCCGUCACGCAGCGCGAGUGUCGACCCAAAUGUCGGUAGGGGCAUGUACGCCAGCCGUAACGGUCCUCCGAUUGGGCUGCCCGCGACCCCUCGGGCUAUGCGUCUUGCCAUGGAAGCUGAGGCGCAUCGGAACAACAUCAAGAUGCCCUCGAUCGGGCAGACCCUUACUCAGGCUACUUCUGCACCGCCGUUCCGCCCAUAUGCGGAGCGUGACCGUCAGUCUCCUAAGAAGUUUGAUCGGGAUAAUAACAAGGACAUCCCGAUGCUGCUCCCGGCCACUGUCUACACCCCGCCAUCCAAUAACCAGCGGCUCGCAGCACAGAUCAGCCGGUCAAUGUCUGCUCCCCCACAGAAUUUGGUGAUGCCCGAAAGGGCAAGCCGCAGGCCAUCUCACGACCAGAGCAAUGCUGGUUUUGCCGGCAGCAGACGGCCGUCGCAUGACCAGAAUGCCUCCAACAACAAUAACAUCACUCCCCCGUCCCCACCUCCUCCUGUGCCCCCGGUGCUUAAGGAGCUCCAGCACCUGGCGACCCCUCCCCCUCCGCCACCGCCACCGCUUCCUCAUCUCGCCGCCUCUAACGCUCCCAAGCCCAUCGUCUACGGCGGCAGCUCAGGCCUGAUCGAGAUCGUAAUGGAAGACGAGUCCGAGCAACAACAAUCCCACUCUCCCGGCACUCGGCCUACAUCCCCGCUCAAACAGGUCAACAGCUCCCCACCAUCUCCUCCUUCUCCUCCUCCUCCUCCUCCUCAACAACAACAACAACAACAACAACAACAACAACAACAACCACCACCACAACCACAACCACAACCACAACCACAACAACAAUCACAACAACAACCACAACAACAACAACCACAACAAUCCCAGCCUCAGCCCAUCCCAGUCGCGAUCCCUCUCCGCGAAAACACCGUUCCUAUCAUCCCGCCCCCGGCACCCCCUUCGCGCGGACACAACCGUGGCCGCAGCAGUACAGAUAACAGCAUCGGGGCGAGGAUCACACGCGCGACGGAACGGAUGAGGUCGGUGAGCAGGAGCCGUGGAGCGCAGAGGGAACGGGAGGUGCCCAUCUCGGUACAGGUGUCAGCUCCGUAUGAGAGCGUACCACCUAUGCCGGUACAGAUGCAGAUGCAGACGCAGGUACAGAACCAGGUAUUUGAGAAGGUGCAGCAGCAGGUGGCACAGGCGCAAGCAGGAGGGGAGUUUAGGACGGGAUUGAAGCAGAGUGAGAUGAUUUGA